CGGAGCCAGCAGCGCCCCGAGCGGGGGGGGGCAAGCCCAUUGGCCUCGGGGACUGAAAAAAACUGACUAAAACCCCCGCAGGCAGUGGAGAUGGUUUUGUGCAUCCUGUCCUCGCCGCACGUCUCAGCUCAGCCCGUCGCCCUAAAGCCAAACCGGGUCUCCUGGAGCGUGUCCUGCACCUGCGCGCUCAGGUGUCCGGCUGCGGGUGGCAGCAGGCGCCAGGGGCGGCCCAGACGAAAGGCUCCUGUGAACGACGUGGCGGGAGACGGGCACUGCCUGCGUAGGAAGGCUGCUGCUUCUCGGGUGCGGUUAGGUUUCAGUGGAAGCGGGUGCGAGUGCCCCCCUCCCGGGUCCGCCGCCCCACGGGGGCAAAUCCAGCCGCUCUGUCUGAGGCGGGCAGCGUGGCAGUUGUUGGGACGAGCACCCCCGCCACUGUUUUGAAGCACGCCAAUACACGAGACGCUCUGGGCGCUUGAAUUACAGCAGCUCCAAGAGUGGCCGAAGCUGACACGACAUGACAUGUUUUAAUUAGAGCUGCUUUAAUUAAAGCGCUCCCCCCACACUCCCAGAGCACGUGUAUCAGCGGCCUUGGCGCUCGUCUGUGUUGGGCUUUAAACACCUGUCGCAUCCGAGCGGUUGAUCAAACGGCUGCACCAGACGGGUCACUUUUUCCUUCGGCGCGGACUGGUUUCCUUAGCAGUGAUUUGAAUGAGUGCAACAAGUGUGUAGCUAGCCUGGAGGCUAAGCUCCUAGGCCCUCGCUAAGGAAGGUAAUAAUGAAGGUGAGGCGGUGUAAAAAGAAAACCCCUGCCGCUGCAAUAGGGAGUGACAGCUGGAGAGGAGAAAGGGGACAAACCAUAGCUGAUGGGCAGGGGCCGGCUGAGGAAAUUAAAAACUCCCAUCGGAUCUGAACCCACCUCAAGGUCUGAGGAUGCAUCAGGAGGUUUAGAGGCGUCUCAGCUGAAAGUUAUUGCUGUCAAUGAGCAGCUUAGAGUCACUUAUGAGGAAAAUGUUCAUUUUGAUAACGACCUUCCAGAAUUCAGGACUCAAGGUGGAGUCUAUGUUCACAGUGACAGACUGACAGUGACUUCUCCAGUGUUAAUGUGGGUCAAGGCUCUGGAUGUGAUCUUGGAAAAGAUGAAGUCUUCUGGCUUUAACUUCUCUCAAGUGAAAGCUUUGUCCGGGGCUGGACAGCAACAUGGGAGUGUUUAUUGGAAAGAAGGAGCCCAUCAUAUUUUAAAGAAUUUAUCACCUGAUCUUCCUUUACAUCAGUCACUGAAGGCUUGUUUCUCUGUCAGUGACAGUCCAAUCUGGAUGGAUUCCAGUACAGCUUCCCAGUGCUUCUCACUGGAGAAAGCUGUUGGAGGAGCACAGCAACUAGCUAACAUCACUGGCUCACGAGCUUAUGAGCGUUUUACAGGAAACCAGAUAGCAAAGAUUUACAGCCAGAAUCCUGAGGUCUACAUACAAACUGAGAGAAUCGCUUUGGUUAGCAGCUUUGCGGCCUCCCUCUUUCUAGGUGAUUAUGCACCCAUUGAUUAUAGUGAUGGUUCUGGGAUGAAUUUACUGCAAAUUUGUGAUAAAAGAUGGUCCGCGACCUGCCUCAAUGCUUGUGCACCUGGGCUGGAAGAGAAACUGGGACACACUGUACCAUCCAGCUCAGUAUUGGGUUCCAUUGCUCCGUAUUAUAUUCAGCGCUAUGGGUUUAGUCCAGACUGCAAAGUAGUAGCAUUUACUGGUGACAAUCCAGCGUCACUGGCAGGAAUGAGGCUUGAAGAAGGGGACAUUGCAGUUAGCCUUGGUACAAGUGACACUCUGUUUCUGUGGAUUCAAGAACCAAUGCCUGCAACAGAAGGUCACAUUCUCUGUAAUCCUGUUGACUCUCGAGCCUAUAUGGCCCUUUUAUGUUUUAAGAAUGGCUCUCUGAUGAGAGAGAGGAUCAGAGAUGACUGCGCUUCAGGCUCCUGGGAUGAAUUCUCCAAAGCUCUAACAUCUACAGUUACUGGAAACAAUGGAAAUUUGGGUUUCUAUUUUGAUGUGAUGGAGAUUACACCUGAAGCUGUUGGGAUCCACAGAUUCAACAAAGACAACAACAAGGUUCCAGACUUUCCAAAGGAAGUAGAGAUACGAGCACUGAUUGAAGGGCAGUUCAUGGCUAAGAGGAUUCAUGCUGAAAAGCUGGGAUAUAAAAUAAUGCCGAAGACAAGAAUUUUAGCUACUGGGGGAGCAUCUCAUAAUAAAGAAAUUUUACAGGUCCUGUCUGAUGUGUUCAACACCCCAGUAUACACUAUCGAUACCGCUAACUCUGCCUGUCUUGGCUGUGCUUACAGAGCAAUUCAUGGGCUGGUGGCAGAGACAAGCGUGUCCUUGGCUGAUGUUGUGAAAUUAGCACCAGCACCUAGAUUAGUUGUUACACCAGCUGCUGGGGCUGAUGAGGUCUAUCUUCCUCUUCUGAAAAGAUACGCAGAACUUGAACAAAAGGUGCUCUACAAUCCAACCUCAUCUAGUUAAACAACAAAGAAAAAUCUCGCCUGUGGAGUUGGCUGCCAAGAAGAUUGUAAAAAAGCUUAUCAGAAUUGACUGAAUUUGUUUAAGCCAGUCUUCCGUGCUACAUACCUGAAACAGUCUAAUUAAUACAAAUCAAAAUGGUUAUUUUUAAUGUUGGCAAUGGAAAGAUUGUGAAAGAUUUACAUCGUACUUGAAUCUAUUCAGGUGGUUGUGUGCGUUGUCCGGUUCCUUUCAGAACCGCGCUGAGCAUGUUGUUUUAUCUGGAUAAUUCUGCCAGUCUGUCUGUCCAUCUCUCUCUGUUGGCAUGUCUGCCUGCUUUGAGUGUCCGUGUCUCACCUUCGCUGGGCCUACCUAUUUGUAUAUCUGUUUUUCUACUGUAUCUUUUUCUUUCAACCUAUCAAUGUUAUCUGUACAUUUUCUCUCUCUCUCUGUCAUAACUGUCUUUCUGUAUAUCUGUCUGUUAUAUUUGUACCAGUGUUCACUUAACAUAAAGUCCACAGAAAAUAACAGCUGUUGAAUUUUCUUGGCCUUUUUUUUUAAAUAGGAGCUUUAUGCGUUAUACAGGUGGAUACAUAUUUAUGAAAAUCCUGUGUGGGAUCCCCAAAGGAACAAUUUCCUUAUUAGGUGGUGGUAUGGUGAGUCCACUUAGAUCAAGAUGGAACAUCACAUGCAAACUUUUGGGGUUGCAUGUAUAUAAGGUGGAAACUUCAAAAGGUGGAGGAGGAAUGAGGGAGGGGGAGUAGGAAGGAAGAAGUUUAAAUAAAGUGAAACCUUAUGAACAAUGUUUCUCCCUCCUCCUCGCUUUUGGGGAAAGCAGAGAGGGAUAGUUUUUGCUGCUCACUGGCUUUAGAGAAUGUUGCUUACCUGCUGCCUCUAUCUUGGAUAUCCUGGCUGGAGAGUUAUGCUCGCUAUUCUGUGCGUUCGAGUAUGAGUAAAGGGUCACACUUGGAACAUCUCAUCAGACCAUGAAGAUGGCCCCUACAUUCAACAGGCCUUUCCCCUUUUUUUGAUGACACCAAGCAAAAUCAGUGAGUUGCCUUGCUCUGACUUUACUCUUGUGCUAGUGAAAUACGAAAUCCAAGAAACCUUGCUGAGACCGUCUUCUUCUAAAACAACAGAUGUUUCUGCAAGAGAUGGGCAUAAGCCAGAGCUUUGGAUUUUAAAUAUCUGUUACCUUUGCAGAGCAAGAACUUUAUGUUUGUAUAUGAUUGUACAGUUCCUACUGCAGCAAUGAGGCUUUUGCACACUACAGUGAUAUGUAAAUGAUACACACCAAAAACCCACAUUAAAGAACUGUUUGGGUUGCAAAGGCGAUGCUCCCAAGUU